ACAAUCACUGUGACAACUGACAGGUUACAAUGUGACAUUAUUAGUCAAUAGACGUUAUACUGUUAUGGUUCAUAAAUGGCAUAAAUCAAUGAUCGUAAUACAGUUGUAGGUUAUAACUUGUAAAUAUUUAUCCAUAUUCAAUAAUUAUAUCUACGGAAUAUUUUCCUAGUAGUUAUACACUAACAUUCGUACAAUCCACGCAAAUAUCAAAUAUUUUUAAAUGGUAUAAAUUGUAUUUUUCCUUUAUGCCUUAUGGUAUGAAUGCAAAAUAAUUCGUUCCUUUGAUGUAGUGUUUUUUCUUUGGAAUAAAAAUUUCGUCAACCAUUCGAGAAUCCACUAAUUUAAGUUGCAGUUAAUUAAAUACCUAAGAAAAAAAAAUGGAAAAUAUUGAAGUUUCUGUUGAAAUAGUCACUAAUAAAAGAUAUUUUAUGGAGAACGCCGUGGAUAUUUCUUUCAAAUUCAUCAAUAAAGCUUUGAAACAAAAAUAUUCGGAUUGGAUUGCAUUAUAUAAGUGUAGCAGCAAUAGAAAUUUAGAAGAGUUUGUUGCAGUAGAAACUGAUUUAAAAAUGCACACACCGACAAAAUAUGGUUUUCGUCAAGUUAUAUUUUAUGCCUACCAGUUGAAAAAUGUUAAUUGUAAUGAAGAUUAUGAGUUUCUAUAUGGCAAUGAAUUUAAUGAGAUUUAUGGAAUUAGUCAACCAAUACGUUUCAUUCAUCAAAAUGAAUGCAUCUAUUGUUAUCCUAAUAACUCAAAAUUAGAAACAAACCACCAUAGUAGUUGUGCCUCUCAGGAAUUAAUCAAUUCAUUAUUAGCUCAUAUUUCUACUUUGGAUAGUAAAUUAACAGACUGCAAAAUAAAAUCUAACGAGAUUGUCUCAAUAAAUAAGCAUUUGAUGGCUCAAAUAAAUGAGAAUGAAGCAAUUAUUCAAAAAAAUAAUGAAUUCUUAAACAAUUUGUUUUAUUCUAAUGAACCUGUGACUAGAGAUGAAUAUUUGAUGGAAACAUGUACUGAUAUUGAUUUGACAAUGAGUUGUAUUGAAAGCAAUGAAUAUGAACUACAAAAUCUACAUUAUGGGUUUGAAAAAGCACUACAAAAGUUGAUUAAUAAAGAGGACAAUGAAAUUAAUGAUGAACGGUCUCCAAGCACUGAUACUGACAAGGUGCUAGAUAUUACAGUAAAUGUAGAAAGUGUAUUUACCCCAGAACCAUCUACAGCAACUAUUGUUUUUAUAGACAGUGAUGAAGAUGAUGUUUAAUUGAUUCAAUAUUGUCUUUAUUGAAAAUAUUAAUAAGAAUUAAUGUCUAUUUUUUUUUUUUUUUUUCUUAUAAAUGUUUAUUUAUUUUAAGCUCAUAAUGAGAUAUUUUGUCUAUAUAAAACUUGUUAUUUUGAAGAAAAAGGAAUAUUAAAAAAUAAAAUGUUUGAUCUCAUCAA